AUGAGCUGGUCUUCAGCUUUCAAGGGCAUGUGGAAAGCCAACGAGGAGGAGACCUUACCGCCGUCGACACCAUGGGGCAGAGGUAGGCCCAGUUCACCUGCAAGCGGGGACAUACACCUGCCGAUGGUUGACCUAGAAAGUCUGGAAUUUCAUUUCGAAGAUGAGGAUUACCAACAGGAAAAGGGCAUUCAACAAUUCCGUAUCGAUGAUGAUUAUUGUAAAGUGUAUGACCCAGGAUCACUCAAGGAAAUCCAACCAAUUGCUAGCCACGAUUCUAAAGAGCCUGGUCCAGGCCCAGUGAAGCUUAUGACAUCACCUCGUGUGCUCCAAAACGAAGUGGAAUUCCUGCAAAUGUACCAUCUGCUUGUGAUGUCUGCAGUUGCCAUUGUUUUGUUUUUACAAGCCCUGCGGUCUGAAGUUAUAACGGGAUUCAAAAAUACAGUUACGAUAAGCUAUGUGGAGGAUUUCGGUGUGGUCAUUUUCGUUUCGGUGUUGGUGCUGCAAUUAGUGCUGAGGUACUCUAGGAGGAGUAUAUUUUGCGGUGUUUGGACCUGCAACGCAACUGCUGCUAUGGUGCUACAACAUUAUGCUCUCUUACUACUGAUCAACAGAAGGUAUAUCAGAAUUGCUAUCAUACCUGUUAUUAUCCUUGUCUUCAUAGGUGCACUUGCCAACAAAUUUAAGGAGAAUCCUAGUAUUCAGUACAACAGCAGUGAAGAGGUUCCAUCUGAAAACGGCAUUAAGAGUACCGAGGAUCGGAGGAAAAUGGCAAUGAUUCCUUGUUGUUUGCAGCUAUCAUUCGUGAUAUGGACUCAACUCAGUGGACAACAAGGCGGCACUUUCGUUUUCUCUCACUUCCCUGUAUUCAUCAACUCGUCUCUAGGCACACUAGCAGUGAUGGUAGCCGCACCGCCUAUUGGAGCCAGUCAUGGUGUCGUAAAGAAUGGCUAG